UCUCUGUUUUCUCCAAAUCCAUUAAUUUGGGCUAGCAGAGGAAGCAAUAAAAUACGAAGAUGAAGGGCAUAUGCAAUGUGCUGCAUGGGUUGAAACCAGUGAUGCUGAUGGUGGUGGUGCAAAUAGCCUAUUCUGCUGUCAAUGUGCUCUACAAGCUCGCCUUCAACGACGGCAUGACCGUUAGAGUUGCCACUGCCUACCGCCUCGCUUUUGGAUCGGCUUUCACUAUCCCUCUUGCUCUCAUUACUGAAAGGAACAAGAGACCAAAGCUCACUUGGAGGGUGCUUUUCAUGUCAUUCUUUUGCGGCUUGUUUGGGGGAAGUUUAUUUCAAAACCUUUUCUAUGAGGCCUUGGCUUUAAUAUCAGCAACGUUUGCCUCCGCAAUCUACAAUCUUGUUCCAGCCAUCACGUUUGUCAUGGCCAUCUCCUUCGGUUUGGAAAGGUUAAAUUUGAGGGCUGCAUCAGGAAAAGCUAAGGUGUUAGGAACUCUAAUUGGAAUUGGUGGGGCUAUGGUGUUGACCUUUAUCAAAGGGAAAGAGAUUCAUAUCUGGCCCUUCCACAUCAACCUAUUGGAUCCACAUCAGCACCAAAAUGGCCACGUAGCGUCACAUUCUGAUGACUCUGGUAUUAACUUGCUUGGUGUUCUAUGUGCCAUUGCAAGUUGCUUCUCUUUUGCUAUGUGGUUCAUCAUUCAGGCCAAGAUGAGCAAAGAAUACCCAACUCAUUACUCAAGCACAGCUUUGAUGUCUACAAUGGGAGCAAUACAAGCCACUGUUUUUGGACUCUGUGUUGAAAGGGAUUGGAGUCAAUGGAAGUUGGGUUGGAAUAUCAGGCUACUAGCUGUGGCUUACUCGGGAAUUGUGGCCUCUGGAGUAGUAGUUAUUAUCACUGCGUGGUGCAUACAGAUGAGGGGACCUCUAUUUGCGUCUGUUUUCAACCCUCUAAUGCUAGUGAUUGUGGCGGUUACCGCUUCUUUGAUGUUGGAUGAGAAAUUAUAUUUAGGAAGUUUGCUUGGAGCAGUGUUAAUUGUGUGUGGCUUGUACAUGGUUUUGUGGGGUAAGAGUAAAGAGAUGAAAAAGAUAGCUAUGUUGGUGCCAUCAGAAAUCACCCAAGAAGCUGAAGCUAUAGAAGUUGUUGUGAGUUCUACACCAGCAGAUAAUUAUAAAUGUGACCAAAACAAUCACAGCCAAACAACUACUACUACCACCACCAGAAAUGAAGUACAAGAUCAUGAGGAUUUGUCCAAAAAAUGGGGAAACUAAUUAUAUAUUUGUAAUUUUUCGGUUUUUUUUAGAAUUCUUUUACACCGCUUGUCAGGGGACUAUAAUGUCUUCAAACUUCAAUUGUAUCAUAAAUUAAUACA